CCCUAUUCAAUAUACAGUUAAUACAAUUAUACGCGAAAUGAGUGGCCAUCAGAUCGCCGCCGAAGCCGCCGCUGCCGUAAUCGAUGACCAACUGAUAGUACAGGUACGCCAAUCGGAAACUAGCCAACAGUUGGCCACUGCUGUCCGUCAGCUAUCGAAGGCCAUUGUUCAGCACCUGUUGUCCGCCGCCGCCACUGCCGUCACUGCCGACGCCGCGGCCGCCGAUACUACCAAUGAUGGUCAGUCUGUAGUAGUGGAAGCGUUUCGGGCCAUAACCGCCAAAGCUGUACCCAAUGAACCCGACUAUAGGACCGCCGCCGCCACCACUCACUCGAAGACUGCGGCCUCGAAAGCGCUGAUUGUUUUCGACAAUAUCCGGCAAUUGUUGAUCAAAGUCGAUGGCCAGCGGCUGCCGCUCGACCGGCAAGUGAUUACCGAACUUUUGUUUAUGAUUGUCGCCCAUUGGUCGCCCAGCGGCGGCGGCCGUCGUGAAUGGUCGUCGCCCGAAGUCUACCAAAACAAAUGCAAAUGUCUGGAACUGGUACUGAAGAUUACCGAAACAAAAACGGUCGGCGAUCUGCUUAACCGAAAGUACAAUCUCAGUCUUGUUCGGUCACUUUUGGCCAAAUUGAAGACCAAUGUCGCCGCCGACGGUGACAACGAGUGGCUAUCGGUGGCCAGUAAUUCGUUAAUAUUUGAAUGGAUUGUCCAUAACAUAGACCGGAUCGACGCCACCAACUAUUUGUACGAUAUAUUUCCGCUGACUGUACAGCUAUUAGACGACCAUUUGAUCCCAAACAAGAUAAUCGGUUGCAAAUGUCUUCAACAAUUGCUAACCACUACUACUACUAACCACUGUUGUUGGCCAGAUCUACGAUCAAACGGUUCCGAUUUGUUGAUUGUCGAUCGUCUGAAACGAUUGCUAUACUAUAAAGAAGCGGAACUAAUGGAAAUCGUUCUCCAAUUGAUUAUCAAUGUUAUGUUGAAGACGUCUGACGACUACUCUGUGUCACCGAAACAACAGGACAUCAUCGUCGGCGGCGGCGGCGGUAAACAUCAAGAGUUGACCGCAAUGUCCCGUAACGACGAAUUCUGUUGUCAAGUAUUAAACAAUUUGCUAAUCUCUUCCGAUCGUAACUAUCGUAUAAUUCAUCUGAAAUUUUUGGAUCAAUUCUUUCCGAUGGUCAACUCGUUGGCCAUCAAAUACACGAAAACUUAUAUCAACUUAUUAUUGAAUCUAAUCGAUGACCAGUCGUCGUCGUUGUCAUCGUCCGUCGGCGUCAAAAACUAUCGACUCAUUGAAGUGACAAUCAAUUCGCUGAACAUAUUUGUCGGUUGUGUUUGGCCAACAAUUCACGAGUUUAUCGACCGAUGUUUGCUAUCGUUAGUAAAACUAUCGGUCAAUGCGAUGACGACUACCACCGCCGCCGCCGACAGUGACUUAACCGCCGAUUUUAGGCACAAAUUACGACAACAGAUAUGCGAAUCAAUUAGUCUAUUGAAAAGUGUCGACAAAACCGAUAGAUUUAAACAAUUAUCCGAACGGCUUAUCCAAAGCCAAUACAAACAUAUGUUAAAUGAAUCGAUAUUAACGGCAAUGUGUUGUUAGUUACCGAUAAUCGGUAAUUGUAUU